AAGGUUAGAAUUUUUCGCCUCCUUUCUAUAUCCGCCGCCGCUUCUUCCAAAGGGAAAAUACACCAAGCUCCGUUUGUGUUGGUUUAAUGAGAAGAUAAUUGUGGGAAAUGGGAGGCUGCUGUUGUUCUUCCAGGAAACCUCUUCUGCAUGGAACACCUGUGUAUUACUAUUGCCCACCAGCUUUGGAAGAGAAUGAGUCUAUAGUACCUCAUGAAGGAUCAGCCUCUGCAAUGGCUGCAAGAUUCCUGGUUAAUUUGGACAUAGAAGUACCUGAUACCUUUAGGCCACCUCCAGCACCUUUUCCAUAUGAUGUGAUCUUGGGAUGUCCACAAUCAAUCGAUUCGGAAUCCUUCAGAGGAACUCUAAGUAGAGGCAGUUUCGAGACACUGCCAACAUGUGAAGAUCUUGAGGAAUCAGACUGCAAAAUACAACCUAGCUCUUCGCUUCUUUCACCAAGAAAAUCAGAAGUGUCAAAAGUAACCGAGUCUAAGGAAUCAAUGACAGAGGAAGAGGAUGCUUGUCCUAUUUGUCUUGAAGAGUAUGACACAGGGAAUCCAAAACUUAUUACAAAAUGUGAACAUCAUUAUCACCUCUCAUGCAUUUUGGAGUGGAUGGAAAGAAGUGACACAUGCCCUAUGUACGAUCAGGAAAUGAUGUUUGACGAGACUUUUGAUCAAUAACGCUCAGUAUGGAGCAGAGACAUGUUAGCUUUUGGUUCUGCAGCAGGUCAGAUGGUGUGCCUACACGAUUGAAUUUUACCGAAUAUCUAGUCAUAUAAAAGGAUACAUUUAUUAAGGUUGUCAAAUCUUUUAACCUAUCGUUCCAGUUCAUGACAUCCGAGAAUAAAGAACAAGUUGACACAAUAUGAUAAACACAGCUUGGGACUUGGGGUGUUACUGCUUUUCUUCUGCAGUUAUAUAUUCUGUUGUCGGUUUUCAGAUUAGUUGUGAGGAUGGCCUAAACCAUAAGGUCAUUGGAGGGAUCAGAUUCAGAUCGAAAUUAUACAGAACAGUACGAACAAUUGUAGGC